AUGGGUUUUGGGCCAACCCCCACUAUAACUACUCGGACUAGGAAGGGUCGGGCCUUUCGGGCCAGAUUGGGUUAUGUGACAUUUUUGGAACAGAUAUCGGGAUAUACACCAGCCCAGCCCAAGGAUGGGCCUAGCGCUUUAGCUGCGGUUUUCAUUGAAGGUCUCAUCUUCCUUCUCGUCUCCGCCAUCGGUUUACGUGCAAAACUCGCAAAACUUAUCCCCAAACCCGUCAGAAUCUCCUCCUCCGCCGGUAUUGGUCUCUUCUUAGCCUUCAUCCGUUUACAGAACGGAGGCUCCGGUUCAAACAUUCGCCAACGGCACCGUUGCUCUCAUUCCCGGCGGCACUGUUUCCGGCGACAUCAUGUGCCUGAAUGGUCGCAUGGAAAGUUCCACAUUCUGGCUCGGAGUCAUCGGCUUUAUUAUCAUCGCGUAUUGCUUAGUGAAAAAUAUCAAUGGCGCUAUGAUUUAUGGGAUUGUCUUCGUAACCGCCGUCUCGUGUUUUCGCAUCGCAGCGUUUCCGAAAACGCCGGCCGCAACUCCUCUUGCCAAUACUUCAAGAAAGUCGUCGACGUUCACAAGAUCGAAAGCACCGCCGGGGCUUUGACCUUCAAAAGCAUCGGAAAAGGGUAUUUCUGGGAAGCCUUAUUCACUUUUCUCUACGUCGACAUCUUGGACACCACCGGAACUAUGUAUUCCAUGGCUCGUUUCGCCGGAUUUACAGACAUCAACGGCGACUUCGUAGAACAAUACUUCGCAUUCAUCUCCGACGCUUUUCAGCUAUCGUUGUCAGAUCAUUGUUGGUUACUUCACCGGUGA